AAUAUCUGCUCUAUAAAACGACAACCUCUCUUCCGUCUCCUCCAUCUCUUCUCUCUCUUUCUCUCUCUCUCCAUUCAUCAAAACAGAUAAGACAGAUUGUCGUUUCCCGUUCUAUUCUGGUUAUCUCCGGCGUCGUUUUACAGGCGCUAAUGAUGACCACCACCACCAAAGGAUUAGUUCUCUACCUUCUGUCGGGUUUCUCCAUAGCCGUUCUCUCUGUGCUUUACAUCAACAAACGAUAUGAUUACUACCCAGAUCGCCAAACCCGUCUCUCAUCACCAAAUCAUGCUCUUUUGGACUUGAGAACCGAAGCAUUAGUCUGGCCUGAAUUGAAGUUUAAUUGGAGACUUGUAAUGGCGACACUGAUUGGAUUUCUUGGCUCGGCUUGUGGAACUGUGGGAGGAGUUGGAGGAGGAGGCAUAUUUGUCCCGAUGCUUACUCUCAUAGUUGGUUUUGACACAAAGUCCGCUGCUGCUAUCUCUAAAUGCAUGAUUAUGGGGGCAUCAGUAUCGUCCGUUUGGUACAAUCUAAGAGUGCCUCAUCCAACAAAACAGGUGCCCAUCAUAGACUACGAUUUGGCCCUUCUUUUCCAGCCCAUGUUAAUGCUUGGUAUCACAGUUGGUGUGUCUUUAAGCGUUGUAUUCCCCUAUUGGCUUAUCACCGUUCUCAUCAUCAUCCUCUUCUUGGGGACUUCUUCAAGGUCCUUCUUUAAGGGGGUCGAGAUGUGGAAGGAGGAAACCUUUUUGAAGAAAGAAAUGGAAAGGGAGCAAGGAACUGUAGACUCUCGUGGAGAACUUCUAAUUGGUACGGAUUAUCAGCCACUAUCUUCUGCGGAAGAGAAAUCGACAAUGCAAAUAAUAUGUUUGAACCUUAGGUGGAAAAGGGUACUGGUUUUAAUUGCUGUUUGGGUGUGCUUCCUACUACUCCAAGUUGUCAAGAAUGAUUUGAAAGUCUGCAGUACAUGGUAUUGGGUCCUUUUCUGCUUACAGUUCCCAAUAGCACUAGCAGUGUUUGGAUAUGAAGCAGUGAAAUUAUACAGAGAAUACAAGAAGAGAAUCAACACAGGCAAUGUAGAAUACAUCUGUGAGGCUUCCAUUGAAUGGAAUGCACUUCAUCUUGCAUUUUGUGCUCUCUGUGGUCUCUUAGGAGGCACUGUUGGUGGCCUUCUCGGCUCUGGAGGUGGCUUCAUUCUCGGUCCACUUCUACUUGAGAUUGGUGUCAUUCCACAAGUUGCAAGUGCCACAGCAACAUUUGUUAUGGCAUUUUCAUCAUCCUUGUCUGUGGUGGAGUUUUAUCUCCUCAAGAGGUUCCCUAUUCCUUAUGCUUUAUACCUCACGGGAGUGUCUGUCAUGGCCGGGUUUUGGGGACAGUACUUUGUAAGAAAGCUCAUCACAGUACUUGGAAGAGCUUCAAUCAUUGUGUUCAUUCUUUCUGGUGUCAUCAUUGCUAGUGCUCUCACUAUGGGUGUCAUUGGCGUAGAAACGAGCAUCAGAAUGAUAAGCAACCAUGAGUUCAUGGGGUUCUUAGGCUUUUGCAGCAGUCAGUGAACUCAAUUCAAUGGUGGCGGUGGCAACAACAUUGUCUGUGGAUACUGUAAGAAAACAACCGGAAACAAAGGGAACCAACCAGAAAAAAAAUGCUUCAAAGUUUCCUCAUGUGAAAUAGUCACCAUUACAAAGUCAGUGUUAGCCAACACCUUGUUGACCAAUGCUAUCAAGUAGUAGUAAAAUAAUAAUAAGAAUAGUAAAGCAAAUAAGCACUGAACAAUGUGUUGUUAUCUGGGUUUUGGUGUUUGGUUCAAUGUUAGCUCCUGGCUAACAUGACCACCAUUUAUUUAGUGUGUGCCUCAAAUGUUAGCUCCUGGCUAACAUGACCACCAUUUAUUUAGUGUUUGGCUCAAAUGUUAGCUCCUGGCUAACAUGGUCUCUUUCUCUACUCAACAUAUGAGUGUUUGGCGCAAGUUUGCUGAUUGUGAUUCAUGUAUAAAAAGACAAAUAAUUGAAGAAUUUAGAUUUGUGGGUACAA